AAGCAAGACUCGAGUCGGUCACGACACAGAUCAACGCAAAUUUAGUUAGUCUUGUCGGAUCAUGGUGCGUGCUUCUUCCAUGGCGGCAAGAGCCCUCCGUACAAAGCUCCUCCUUGUUGGUUCCGCCUUAUGCGGUGGUUCCGGCGCCGCCUUCAUUGCUUCCUCCGAAGACCCAUCUAGAUCUCUCAAGCUCUGCACCAACAUCCCCGUCCGUCUCUUCCGCAACACCCUAACCGCCGCCUCCAUCGCUUUCGAUUAUGAAUACUCCUUGUCGGGUUUGGCUGAGGGGAGCAGUGAGAAGGCAAAGGUCAAACAUGAAGUCCACUUAAGGUCAGCUCAAAAGCUUCAAGAGCUAUGUUUCAAAAAUGGAGGAAUCUAUAUCAAACUCGGCCAGCAUAUAGGACAAUUAGAUUAUCUUGUGCCUGAGGAGUAUGUUCAUACUAUGAGGGAUUCGAUGUUGAACAAAUGCCCUGUUUCUUCAUAUGAGCAAGUGUGCGAGGUUUUCAAGAAAGAGGUUGGAGAGACACCAGACAAAGUGUUUGCUGAAUUUGACCCUGUUCCUAUUGCAAGUGCUUCCCUUGCUCAAGUUCAUGUUGCUCGCACCCAUGGCGGGGAAAAAGUCGCUGUCAAGGUUCAGCAUGCGCACAUGACGGACACUGCAGCAGCAGAUACAGCAGCUGUUGGAGUUAUAGUGAACACCUUGCACCGGAUAUUCCCAUCAUUUGACUAUAGGUGGUUGCUAGAUGAAAUGAGUGAAAGCUUACCAAAGGAACUAGAUUUUUUGGUAGAGGCGAAAAACAGUGAGAAAUGCCUGGAUAAUUUUAGGAAGAUGUCUCCCCAUAUUGCAGAGUAUGUCUAUGCACCAGCAGUCUAUUGGAACUUGAGCUCCUCUAAGCUCUUGACUAUGGAGUUCAUGGAUGGUGCUCAGGUGAAUGAUGUUGCUAAGAUCAAAAAGCUUGGGAUCCAACCCUAUGAAGUAUCAAAGCUAGUGAGUCAAACAUUUGCAGAGAUGAUGUUUAAACACGGCUUUGUGCAUUGUGAUCCUCACGCUGCCAACUUGAUCGUUCGUCCUUCUGGUAAAAGAAACAUAUACGGCAAGCAAAAACCACAGCUGGUGCUUCUUGACCAUGGCUUAUACAAGGAGCUCGACUUCAACACAAGAUUCAACUACGCUUCACUAUGGAAAGCCCUUGUCUUCUCAGAUGCUAACGCCAUCAAACAACAUAGUGCUAAGCUAGGAGCUGGAGAUGAUCUCUACGUGCUUUUCGCCGGGAUCCUCACAAUGAGGCCGUGGAAGCAAGUCAUUAACACGUCUGCGGAUCAUUUAGUUAUCAAAGGCACUACAGAAGACAGGUCAGAGCUUCAAAUGUAUGCUUCACAGUACUUCCCUCAAAUCUCAGAGCUUCUCAGGAGGCUGCCACGUGUGAUUCUUCUGAUGCUGAAGACCAACGACUGUCUCCGGUCGGUCAACAAUGAGCUGGUGAAAGGGUCGUCGCUUGAGUCGUUCUUGAUCGUUGGGAAAGUGUCUUCUGAAGCGGUUUUGGAGGCGAAGUGGUCACAGAAGAAGUCGUUGGUGCAGUGGUUGAAGGUAUGGCUUGAAGGGUUCUCUGUGGAAGCGAGGCUGUGGGUGAUGCAGUUUGCACUUUGGGUCUUGCAAGUGAGAAAGGCCUUGACUUUAUAGUAUAAUAAUAUCAUUGAGUUGAUGAAAAUCUUACAGACAGUUUUAUCUAUUCUUUGGUCUCUGGGUGCAUCCAGGAUUUACAUUUAUAUCAUUCUUUAUAUACACAGUAACACAAGGUUGUUGUUAUGCACUAUGAGACUUGUAUUGUUGUUUGUUAGGUGGGAAAAUUCUUCUCCUAACCAUUAAAUUAAACUUAAAGAAGAAAAUUAUUUUUUUUUUUUUUUUUUUUGAAAAAGGGCUUGAAGAAAAUUAUUUGUUUCAAAUUUAUAUCGUGUUCUUAAAAUUUUAACACUAAUUUAUUAUUUAUUAUGAAUCAUGAAAAUUAAUAUAAAUGGUUUUAUGUGUUCUUACAAAGAUUUACGUCUGAUAAUUCUAUUUAUGCAAACACUAACUAAACCACAUUAUAAGAUUCAUAUUUUACAAUUCUACUUGCACCAUUUAAAACUCGUGUAAAAAAGAAUACACAAACAUUUUUAUCGACGACAAAAAAAAUCAAUUCAUUUUUCUCAUAGUAUACUUUCCCAUAUAUACAGCUCCGGUACAAAAUAGACGUUUAAAUAAAAAUCGAACCGGAUUGGUACGGUUCAGUUCGGUUUGGAAUUUGAUUUUUGUUAUUAUUUAAUCGAGAAAACCUUGAUUGGAAGCCCCGUGGCCAUCAUCUUCUUCUCUUUUCAAUCUGUCAAGGACACUCAACAGUCGAAUCUGUCUCUCCUUCACACUCGCGACAUCUCUGCGACCAUCUCCACCGCUCGAAACCUCCAUCAAACCGUUAAUCACCCCGUCUCCGAUGGAAGACAUUGAUGCUGUCCAAAAACCAGUUGUUGUCGACCCUCCUUUAUACAACGAAGCUCCUCCUUCGACUGCUCAGCGCCGGCCGGUGGUUGUCGCCGCCGACGCAGCUCCACCGGCGGAGUUUCAUCUCAUUCAGCGGAUUCAACGAGCUCUUGUGGAACUGCGCGAGUUGAGGAACCAGUUUAAUGCUAUUCUUAGGGAAAUAGAACUCGAAGUGGGAGGAGGAGGAGGAGGAGGAGAAGAAGAGGGAGCGGAAUCAUCAGUGGAGGAUCCAGAGGACGACUCUGAUUCUUAGUUUAUUUAGUACAUGUUUUAUGUUUCAAAUCUCUCUGUCCUGAUGAUUCUUUUGUUCAAAGACUCUACUCUAGCGUGUGGGUUACAUGUUAGCUUUUGUCUCCUUUUAAGUCUAGAUCAUCAAAACUAGUAGCCUUGUUCCUCUCUUGUUCUUAAACUGGGAAUCUUGGUCCAAAUUCAACCGAUUCGACACUUUA